AUGAGGGAAACCGAAUCGGAAAAGCCUCGACAUCGUGUACAGAGUGUCAGCGCCGGAAACAAAAAUGCAGUCGUGAAUGGCCGUGUAAUCACUGCCAAUCAAGAAACAUAUCUCAUCUUUGUGAAUUUGUCGUUGCUGGAAGGAAACCCAACAGGAAAACUAUCAGGAACACCAAAACCUCACGCUCCCGUGAUCACAGAUGAUGUUCUGGUCCGCUCAGAUGAACCCACUUUACCAGACGAUGAGGGGUUCCGGGCUCUAGGAUACAUGCCUUUUGAAGAGAACUUCAUUCUUUCUCCGGCCUCCAAAAGUGAUGCUGACUGUGACUUUUUCACGUCCGAUACGGCAAACUUUCUGAGCUUUAUACCCCCAAAACCUUACGCAGAUUCUCUGGUGCAACACUUCUUAAAAGAGGUUAAUUACCAAUAUUACAUUCUUUUCCCUCUAAAGUUCUCUCAGGACUAUGCCGCAUGGUGGACGAAACGAACCAAUGGACAGAAACUAGACGCUGCCUUUACCAGUCUACUUCUUCGCGUCUGUGCAUGCGCCACGCAAUCAGUUGGUGGUGAGCUACGCAAAAAGCUUGAAAUCGAGCUGGGAGAGAAAACACAGAGUCUAUCCCAACGGUAUCAUGAAGCCGCCCAACAGCUUAGCUCGAAAAUACCGUCGGGGAAGGGAAGCUUAACUCUUGUUCAGCAAUUGUUCUUGACAGCUUCCUGGUUCAAGAUAGAGGCAUUGUUUGCGGAGUCCUGGCAGGUUUUGGGAUCUGCAAUACAUAAAGCUCAGGAAUUAGGAAUGCAUAGAGAUGCGUUCAAUAAACGCUAUUCGGAUUUUGAAUGUGAGAUGAGAAGGAGAGUUUGGUGCAUUCUCUAUAUAUGGGACUGGCAGAUGUCGGCAUCUCUCUCCCGACCGCUCAUAAUAAGCAGUGGCAAAUUUGAAUUACCAACAGGAAGACUAGAAAAUACUUUUGGGGAUAGUCAAAAUCCGCCAUCUCCGAUCACGCAUAUGAUUUUCCAGUGUCAAUUGAUUCAAGACUUGACGAAGAUAACGAACAUUGACCAGGAUAUCGUUCCUUCUUCUCAAGUACUUAUUAUCAAGCAAGUAAUCGACAGUUGGUUUGAAUCCUUUCCACCGUUAUACCGCCUCUCGAACCCAGAUACACAGUGGGAUGAAGAGUAUCCCUAUGUGUUUUCACAAAGACUUCAACUUCAUACUAUAGGGCGCAUGAUAAUGUUUCAGCAACUGAAGCCGUAUCUUAUCGGAAAGCCCUACGAAAGCAAUGCCAAUUCCGAUCCCACGCUCGCGAAUUCAGGGGUUGACUGCGCCUUGGCACUUGUCCACAUCUCGCAUCAGUUCUAUGAUCUGGCGUACCCUAUCCACUCGAAAUUCCAUUUGGUCAUCUUUGUGAUGUUUGAUACAAUCGCUACUCUUUGCUCUGCAAUGAUGUAUGACAUUGAUUUCAAGCUUUCUCGACGGGAAGAAGUCAUUGAAAGCAUCAGCUCAGUACUAGACAUGGUGAAACAGACCCAGUAUUCUGCCAAAACUGCCGUGGUAUGUUACAGAACUCUGUCAAAACUUGUGACAAAGCUCCCACUGCCGGUGCAAGAAAAAAUACCUCAUCUAAGUCGACCACUAUCGAGCUUCGAUGGAGACACCGUGACUCAUGAGAUAUCACCGGCAAACACAUCGGCAGGCCAUUUGAGCGGUACGACUGAAAACUCGCUAGAGACUGAACUGAAAACCCCGCCACUGUUUGACCUUCCUGAGUUGCCAAUUAGUGACAGAUAUUUCCCAGGAUUUGGUGAUUUAUCCGUCAUGGAUCUCGGGGGCAUGGAUGAGGCUUUUGACUGGGGGACCAUUGGGCUGGAUUUUGCUUCUGGGCCUGUUUCUUGA